AUGUGCAGUAGAAAUAUUUUUUAUUUCAUCUUCAAUAAGUAUUUAAUUGUGGCUUGCGAAAAUUUUCAAAUUUUGAAAAAGUACUCUGACGAGGAGCUUGGCAACUCCUGUUAUAUAAAAACCCUCACCCUGCUAUUUGAUGGGACGAAGCACUCAACAUUGGUGUACUAUUUGUAUUCAAGUAGCCAACAACAUCAACAACUACAACAACGACGACAUAAUUAUCAACACCAACAUAUCAACCAACAGCCAUUCCACUUUCCAAGUUAUGGCACUUUCCAGCCACAUGAAAAUCUGAAACCUCAUUUCGAUCACCAUCACCUCCUUCGAAAAUUAAAUCAUGGCUUAUCGAAAAACAAUGAAGACUUCGAUGUGCAACAUUUUAUCAGUGACCAGACACACAGUUACAACAAUUUCAACAACAAUCACCACAACAACAACAACAACAACAACAACAACAUUCACAACUUCCAAAACCACAAGAAAAACAACGUAAAUAAGCAUGAAGGCAGCAACAUUAGUAGCGCCACCAACAAAUCCCCAAACAAAAUAAAUAACAUUCACGAGUCCCAUCAUGCUACAAACGUCCUCUCCAACAAUCGCACAAUCAACGUGGCGGCCGAUCCGCAGUUCAACUACUUCACAUACAACCACAACCUGCUUUAUAGCAACAAAGUAUCACAAGUUAACAAUUAUCUAAAUAAUUUUUAUCCACCACUACAAAACAAGAAUGUUAAUCAUUAUUACAACUUGAAGCCACCACCGCUACCACGACCGCGUCUCUACUUUUCAAUAUUCUUGCGGGUGCGUACGACGCUGAGUGACUGCCACAUCAUGCAUGUGUACAAGUCCAACGUCCAACACGUGUACAGCCUUUCACUGAUACAGAAGAAGUUUCAGCUGGAAAUCACGAAGAGAUCCAAGCUGAUGCUGUGUAAUAGCUAUGCUUCGCACUUGUACAUGGAUCACUGCCUGGCAAUUGGGGCGGAGAAGGCAAAAUAUCUGAUCGAAUGUGGAAUGAAAAUGCUCCUUACAAGCUUGUUGUUCCUCCAAACAGUUUCAAACAUCAACGUAAAGAAGAUUUUUUAA